AUGUUUUCAGCCUUCAGGAAAAAGUACGCUCUAGUGAUGCCGUCGAUGCUACCUGUUCACGAGUAUGGAAAGUGGCCUUCAAUAUAUAUCGUCGUUGCUGUAGCGGCUUUCGUGGCGGCGGAACCUCCUCUUUCUAAAAGCUACCUGCCACCUUCGCCAGCCAAUCGUAACGGAUAUCCCCAAGGACCAGCUGGUUUCACAGGGGCUCCCCAGGUGAUCGCAGCUAGGUCACGCGAUCAGGGUUUUGGUCAUGGUGGAAAUGCAGUUGCUAGAGGCAGUCUCCACGAUCAAAGCGCGCAAGCCAGACUUACUCACUCCCAGGGCUACGAUGAGAACGCGCCUGCUUUCGCCAGAAACGCCAUUGAUGUCAAUUCGGAACCAGCGAACUACAAUUUCGGAUACAUGGUCAGUGACUUUAACGAAGGUACUGACUUCGGACACCAUGAAGAGAGGCUAGAGGAGAGGGCGCAAGGGCAGUACCAUGUGGUCUUGCCUGAUGGUAGGAAACAGACAGUCAACUACGAAGCUGAUGAACAUGGCUUCAAGCCUCAAGUCUCAUACCAAGACACCGAAGACCUCACCCGUUCUAACGGCUACGAUUUGAACACCCGUAGCCAUGGCAACGGCUUCAACAGCGGCCAUCUUGACCACGAGUCGCAUUAUUGACUAAAGCCCGGGCUUAUAUUUUUUUUACAAAUCCUUUUAACAUUGUAUUAAUAUUUAUUAGGAUUAUUUAUGGAGUUAAUAUAUAAUAUGAC